AUGGCGGAAAGAGAUACUCCAAGUAGGAAUACACGAGGUAGUCCUCAUGCUUAUGAUGAUCCUAGUUUCUCUUUGGGAUUUUCACAACAACUUCCAAUUGCAGGAGAAUCUGCUAAAAUUGCUGUUGAGAGAAGAAGCAAGAAGAUUCAUGACCCAUCAAGGAUGCGUCAACUUCCUCCAACUGAAGUUCCAAAACCGAGCAAGCCAAAAGAUGUUGUACCAGUAAAAAAAGGUUCUAAAGUUGCUCAACAAAAUAAGAGAAAAGUAACCAAGCCUUCUUCAGACGUUAAGGGUAAAAAUGUUGUUAAAGAUGUAGAUCUGGAAGAGGAUGAACAGGAAACUAAAUUCUAUGUUAGGAGUCAUCCUGAAGAGGCUCCAUCGAUGCAACGGUACACUAAUAUCGAGGUGUUCAAAGAUAUCAAGAGUAAGCUAACUGUUCCACAGUUAGAGAUCUUUUCCAAGACAAUAUUUGGGAAAUUCCUCGGAAUGCAGCACCUGGAGGUUCAAGCACAGAUUUUUAGGUGCUUCAUGGUAAGAGAGCUCAAGGAGAGCACUUCUGAUUGCUUUACAAUUGAUAUAAAUGGUACCGUAUUGAGAUUUACCAUUAGAGAAUUUGCCCUUAUGAGCGGGCUAAAUUUUGUAGCCGAUGAAGGUCAAUUUACAUACGAUGAGGAAAAAUCGAAUAGGAUUAUGGAUGUAUAUUUUGGUGGAACUAGGAGUAAAGUAAAAAGAUUGGAGUUCAUUGAUUGCUUUAAGAAUAAGUGUUGGGGAGAUAAUGAUGAGGACGCUGUUAAGUUUGCAAUUUUGUUUUUUAUAAAUAGAUACAUCUUUUGCGGUGAGCCUGGGAAAACGAAUAUACCAAGGGUUCAUUUUGAAGUGGUUGAGGAUGGAAGGUAUGUAGAUUAUCCAUGGGGCAAAGAAGCUUUUAACGAGUUGAUUAGAAGCAUCAGCAAGAAGUAUUCUGCCACAACACAGUAUUAUAGGAUCCAUGGGAUGCCACUGGCUAUGCAAGUUUGUCUUUAUAAGUGUUGUUCAAGAGUUCCAUCGUAUCUCGCUAUUAAAUCCGGAAAUUCCAUUCCAAGAAUGUUGAAUUGGAGGUCCAUCGACAGUCAGCCAAAAUACAAUAUUUUGAUGGAAGGCAUUUUUAGAGACGACAAACAGUUGAGCUGUACAUUUGUAAAUACAAUCCCCACUAGCAGUGAGUUGGAGAGCCUCCAAUUGCCCGAUGUUGUUGUUUGUCGAGAUACAGUAGACAAAAAUGUCUUAGUUGAUGCCCAUGAAGGUACCCAAGUCACAGAUAUGCCAGUGGAUGACUUUGAUGAUUUCAGUACUACUCCCCCCCACCUUUCUAAGGGCAAACAACAACAACGGACGAAUCAGACAUAUUCUCCACCUUCAAAGAGACGCAGACAACUUCCUACAACAGCUUCCACAUCUAAGAAACAACAAAUCCACACCGAACAACAAACAACUGUGAAGAAGAGUCACAAGGAUCAAAAGGUUGCUUAA